AUGCAAGCCGUAGCAGUCUGUGGUGAAGUUAACCGCAACUCAAAAUUGAAGACACUGGCCCCCAUUUUAGAUGAUGGAGUGCUCAAGGUGGGUGGCCGUCUGCAUAACGCACUGGUUCCAGAAAAUCGUAAGCACCCGAUGAUUCUUCCCGCAAACCAUUUGUUCACGGAGAUGGUAGUAACCUACUACCAUCAGAAGCUUCUGCACGCUGGCCCACAGCUGAUGAUCGCUAGUCUUCGGGAACAGUUUUGGCCACUGAGAGUACGCAACUUGGCGCGGAAAGUGGUGCAAAGCUGUCUAAAGUGCUACCGUUGCAAACCGACCGUCCAAGAGCAGCUGAUGGGGGACCUUCCCAGCGAACGGGUGACUCCAACGUACCCGUUUUUAAAAACCGGCGUUGAUCUUUGCGGUCCGCUCUUCUAUCGUCACAUCGGACGCAAAACACCUCCGGUGAAAUGUUAUGUCGCCAUCUUCGUGUGCCUGGUCACAAAAGCGGUGCACAUCGAAUUGGUGGCAAACUUAACUACCGAUGCCUUCAUAUCUGCCAUGAAACGGUUUAUCGCACGACGCUCGAAGCCAGCAAUUAUCGAAUGUGACAACGCGAAAAAUUUCCAAGGAGCGUCCCGAGCACUGGCCGAACUUCUAACGCAAUUCAGAUCCCAGCAGCACCAACAUGCCAUCGUUUCCUAUUGCGUAGAAGAAGGAAUUCAGUUCAAGUUUAUACCCCCUUGCUCCCCCAACUUCGGCGGGCUCUGGGAGGCCGCCGUUAAGUCAUUUAAGAAACACCUCAAGUCAACCAUCGGUACAACGGUCCUCUACAAGGAUGAUCUGGAGACGCUACUCGUCCAGAUUGAGAGUUGUCUCAACUCCAGGCCACUCACCCAACUGUCCACGGACCCUGAAGACCUUGAGGCUCUCACGCCAGGACAUUUUUUGGUACAUCGUCCUCUAGUUGCUGCUGCAGAACCAUCAUUUGAAUCUAUGCCACAGAACCGGCUCGAUCGCUACCAGCAGACGCAGGAAUUUGUAAGAAGGAUAUGGAAACGUUGGAGCACGGAUUACCUUUCCGGUCUACUACCGCGUACUAAGUGGACUCGUCAGCGUGAUAACCUUGCUGUCGGGACAUUAGUGCUCCUGAAAGAAGAAAAACUGCCACCACUGAGAUGGUGCCUCGGUCGUGUCGUUCGAAUUUUCCAUGGCGAUGACGGGAAUGUUCGUGUAGUCUCGGUGAAGACGAAAAAUGGUGAAUUCACCCGUGCAAUUAGCAAGGUCUGCGUGCUUCCUAUCCAGCAGCCAGCAAGUGCUGAUGAGGAUGAUGUUCUCGCUGCAAUGUAG